CACGCACUUCCGCUAACAUGGCGGCGCCGGAGCACUUGUUUGUUUGGGAAGGAGACUUCGGUUUACCGUCCGUCAGCACCGACUGCCUGACUGUGCUGGCGUAUGCACAGUUUGCUGGCGCUCCUCUGAAGGUUCAUAAGAUCAGUAACCCCUGGAGAAGCCCCUCAGGUUCACUUCCUGCUUUAAAGACCAAUCAGAACGAGACUCUGACCAGACCCAGUGACAUCAUCAUCCACCUACGCAAACAGAAGUUUAACGCUGACUACGACCUCUCGGCUAAAGAAGGAGCCGACAGCUUGGCCUUCAUCUCCCUCAUCGAAGAGAAACUGCUCCCAGCGCUGAUCUACUGGUCGUGGGUGGACAGUAAGAACUUUGUGGACGUGACGCGACGCUGGUUUGCGGAUCACAUGCCAUUUCCUCUGAGUUUGGUUUUACCGGGACGAAUGCACAGAUAUCAGAAUGAGCGACUGAGGCUUCUGAGAGGAGAGGACCUUCUAGAACCUGAGGAGAACCUAGAGAAGGAGUUGUUCCGAGAUGCGGCCGAGUGCAUGAACCUUCUGUCUCAGCGACUUGGACAGCACAAGUUUUUCUUUGGAGAAUCUCCCUGUUCUCUGGAUGCGUUUGUCUUUGGACACCUGGCUCCGGUUUUAAAGAUCAAAUUCCCAAACUCCAAACUUCAACAGCACCUUCAGAGUCUGGAGAACCUGAGCGGGUUCUGCUCCAACAUCCUACAACUCUACUUCCCCCGGACAGGCCCAGAGCCGUCCCCUCGCCCAGCGCCCUCAGCCUCAGACGACGGUGACCACGUUCCUCACAAACGCAGGAAGCAGCUGCUGUCGGUUCUGGUGGCGAUGGGAGCCAUGUUGAGUUACGCUGUUCUCACGGGGCUCCUGUCCAUCAGCCUGCACCAGAGGGGUGCACUAGAGGAGCCGCCCGACGAGGAGCCGGAGGAGCCCGAGACACACGAGCAAGAGCAUGAGCGAUAAACAUCAAAAUGAUCCAAAAAAAUUGUGAAUAUUUAAAUGUAA